CGGUACACGAUUGAUUCUUCCACAGUAUUAUGACGAAGACAAGAAAUUAGAAAUGGCCUUUUGGAAGUACAGCACCUUAUCAUACAUCGCACCGUGGGAACAUCGUGCUUGACAAGGAGCGAUACAGUGAGCGGCAACAAGCAUCCCAGCAGGCGACAUAACAUUGCUGCUGGAAAGCGAAAGUUAGAAAACGGAAUUGAAACCGAUAUUCCUCAACCCACCCAUCCAUCCAUCCAUCCAAAAAUGGUGAACAUAAUAGCGCCGUACGAGGAAGAGGAUGAGACCAGCGGCAACAAGCCUUCUGCGUCAUUAUCGGGCACCUCAAAACCAUCCACAUUGCCCGCCGAAUCCAAGCGACGAUCAAAAAAAGAGGCAGUCUUCAACGGACGAACCCAGGGUCCGAAAUUCGGGCUCCUCCAAUGGCAGCGGCUGGUGCGCUCGAGGAAACCGAACACGAACUUCCGGAAGGAUAUUCCAUGGGAGGAGAUUUCCAGGCACAACAAGGUCCACGAUGGAUGGAUGGUUCUAAACGGGAUUGUUUAUGAUAUCGGUCCGUAUCUGCCGUACCACCCUGGUGGCAUCGAGAUUUUUACGAAAACGAACUUAUUGGGAGCAGAUGGGACAAAAGCCUUUGCUAAGCACCAUCCGUGGGUAAGUAUUGAAGGGUUCAUUGGGACGCUGGCAAUCGGAACGGUGGCUGCUGAUAUUCCACCAUCGCUGGAAGAAGACGAAGAAAAUAGCCAUAGCGAUGGUGGGUAAAUAUGCAGUCAACUGGAACGAACAAAGUGGCGGGCAGGUAACGAAGAAGUGAAUAGAGAAUAGAAUGAAUUAACCAUA